CGGUGCAGCCGAGCAGCCAUUUUGUGGUGCUGCUCGGUCGCUGGCGCUGGGCUCAGCGUGGGGAGCGGGCCCUGAGUGGCGAGUUAGUUUCUAACCCCUUUUUCCCGUACAGGCCCCUCGUCUAAAAGUUGGUUUUAAUUGGUUGCCCACAGGAUUGACUUGGCUUCUGCUACUUGUUAAGGAAAAAAACACAUCCCCUUGCAGGUGUGUGUGUUUCUGCGCAGCAUGGCUGUGGUCAUCCGCUUACAAGGUCUCCCAAUUGUGGCGGGGACUAUGGACAUUCGCCACUUCUUCUCUGGAUUGACCAUUCCUGAUGGGGGCGUGCAUAUUGUAGGGGGUGAGCUGGGUGAGGCUUUCAUCGUCUUUGCCACUGAUGAAGAUGCAAGGCUUGGUAUGAUGCGCACAGGUGGUACCAUUAAAGGGUCCAAAGUAACACUGUUGCUAAGCAGUAAAACUGAAAUGCAAAAUAUGAUUGAACUCAGUCGCAGGCGUUUCGAAACUGCAAAUCUAGAUAUGCCACCAGCAAAUGCUAGCAGAUCUGGGCCACCACCCAGUUCUGGAAUAAGUAGCAGGGUGACUCUUCCCACCACUGUUCCUAAUUUUAACAGCCCCUCUCCUAGUGUAGUAACUGCAACUACUUCUGUUCAUGAAAGCAACAAAAAUAUACCAACUUUCUCCACUGCUAGUAUGGGAACUGCACCUCCCAAUCUGGGUGCUACUUUUGGAAGCCCCACAUUUAGCUCUACUAUACCUAGUACAGCAUCCCCAAUGAACACUGUACCACCUCCACCAAUACCACCUAUCCCAGCUCUGCCAUCAUUACCCCCAAUGCCUUCUAUUCCUCCCAUACCUGUCCCACCUCCUGUACCAACAUUGCCUCCUGUUCCUCCUGUUCCCCCAAUUCCUCCUGUUCCUCCUGUACCACCUAUGACACCUCUGCCUCCUUUAUCUGGAAUGCCUCCUAUGAAUCCCCCACCUGUAGCCCCUCUGCCUGCUGGAAUGAAUGGGUCUGGAGCGGCAAUGAAUCUGAGCACUAACUUGAACCCAAUUUUCAUGAGUCCCAUGAAUGCUAUUCAGAUAAGUUCGCAAAGUAGUGUGAAAUCACUUCCUAUCAAUCCAGAUGACUUGUAUGUUAGUGUCCAUGGAAUGCCAUUUUCAGCAACAGAAUCUGAUAUCAAAGACUUCUUCCAUGGACUCCGCAUAGAUGCAGUGCACAUACUGAAAGAUCAUGUAGGACGAAAUAAUGGAAAUGGAUUAGUUAAGUUCUGUUCUCCUCAAGAUACAUUUGAAGCCUUGAAACGGAACAGGAUGUUGAUGAUUCAGCGCUAUGUUGAAGUUAGUCCUGCAACAGAGAGACAGUGGGUGUCUGCAGGAGGCCAUAUAACAUUCAAGCAAACUAUUGGGCCUUCUGGACAAAAUCAUCCUUCUCCUCAGACUCUCUCUAUGUCCAAAUCUCCUAAUGGUCAGAAAAGAUCAAGAUCGAGAUCUCCACAUGAUCAGGGAUUCUGUGUUUAUUUAAAAGGUCUUCCCUUUGAAUCUGAGAACAAACAUGUAAUAGACUUUUUUAAAAAGCUAGAUAUUGUUGAAGACAGUAUUUACAUAGCUUAUGGACCCAAUGGGAAAGCACUUGGUGAAGGUUUUGUUGAGUUCAGAAAUGAAACUGAUUAUAAAGCUGCUCUAUGUCAUCAUAAGCAGUACAUAGGAAAUCGCUUUAUUCAAGUCCAUCCCAUAACUAAAAAAGCUAUGUUAGAAAAAAUAGAGAUGAUCCGGAAAAGACUGCAGAAUUUCAGCUAUGAUCAACGCGAGAUCAUGAUGAAUACGGAAGGGGAGACAGGCCCUUCUAAGCUAUGUGCACAUAUAUCCAAUAUCCCCUACAACAUUACCAAAAUGGAGAUCCUUCAGUUUCUAGAGGGGCUGGCAGUGGAAGAGAACUCUGUACAGAUUCUUGUUGAUACUAAUGGGCAAGGCUUAGGACAAGCAUUGGUCCAGUUCAAAACUGAAGAAGAUGCUCGUAAGUCAGAGCGCCUACAUCGAAAGAAACUGAAUGGGAGAGAUGUUGUGCUAAAGUUGAUUUCCCUUGAAGAAAUGAGAGAAAUUGAGAGAAAUCCUCCUUCCCAAGGGAAAAAAAUGUUGAAAAUGCCAUUGCAAGGGAAUACAACAAUACCAGGAGUUCAGAAUGCUGCUGGGGAUGAGCAGUCUUUCAUAACUAGUAAUGCAAAAGAUGGAAGCAGUGGUCCUCCUUUUCAUUUUCCUGGUAAUUUCAGUGGGUCGAAUGCAUUUGGUCCUCCUCUUCCACCUCCAGGAAUAGCGGGAGGUGGCUUUGGUGAUACCAGGCCAGGAAUGCCUUCUAUUGGAAGUAGUGGUUUGCCUGGCCUGCCUGGUUCAGGAAUUGAUGUUCCAGGGUUUGGAGGUGGACCUAGUAAUUUAACUGGGCCAUCAGGUUUUGGAGGGGGCCCUCAGAACUUUGGAAAUGGCCCUGGUAAUUUAACUGGGCCUCCUAGCUUUGGUAGUGGACCUCCAGGUCUUGCUGGUGGGCUUGGGCACCUAAGUGGACCUCCAGGGUUUGGACCUGGACCUGGAAACUUACAUAUUGCUGGGCCACCUGGGUUUGGAGCUGGCUCUGGAAAGCCAGGGCCAACUGUUAUUAAAGUUCAGAAUAUGCCCUUUACUGUAUCAGUGGAUGAAAUUUUGGAUUUCUUCUAUGGUUACCAAGUAAUCCCAGGUUCAGUGUGCUUAAAAUACAAUGAGAAAGGUAUGCCCACAGGUGAAGCAAUGGUUGCAUUUGAGUCUCGUGAUGAAGCAAUGGCAGCUGUUGUUGAUCUGAAUGACAGACCAAUAGGCUCAAGAAAAGUCAAACUUAUGGCUCACUGCAUGACCAAGGUGGAACUGUCCAUAGCCUGUGACAAUCUAAUUGAUAAAGAUGUUGGCUCAAAAUCUGACCCUCUGUGUGUCUUGCUCCAAAACGUUGGUGGAGACCAAUGGACUGAAUUGGAUCGAACUGAAAAAAUAAAGAAUUGCCAGAAUCCUCAAUUUUCGAAGAAACUGCUUAUAGAUUAUUAUUUUGAGAAGGUUCAAAGAGUGAAAUUUGGUAUUUAUGACAUUGAUAACAAAUCAUAUGACUUAAGUGAUGAUGACUAUCUUGGAGGAGCUGAAUGCACCUUGGGACAGAUUGUGUCAAGUAAAACUCUGAUUCAGCCUUUAAUGCUGAAGAAAGGCAAACCUGCUGGAAAAGGCACUGUUACGAUUACUGCAGAAGAGAUUAAAGACACCAGAGUUGUAUCCAUAGAUGCUGAAGCUCGGAAUUUAGAUAAAAAGGAUUUUCUGGGCAAGUCUGAUCCAUUUUUGGAGUUUUAUAAACAAAGUGAAAGUGGAAAAUGGCAGCUUGUCUACAGAUCAGAGGUAAUCAAAAACAAUUUAAAUCCUUGCUGGAGAAAGUUCACUGUUCCUCUGCAAACAUUCUGUGGUAGUGACUUCAACAAACCGAUCAAGGUGCACUGUUAUGAUUAUGACAGUGAUGGGUCACAUGAUUUGAUAGGCAGUUUUGAAACUAACCUCUCCCAGCUACAGAGUGCAGGAGGCAGCUCUCCGGUAGAAUUUGAGUGUAUUCACCCUGAAAAGAAGAGGAAGAAGAAGAGCUACAAAAACUCUGGCAUUGUUAGAAUAAAAUCCUGCAAGAUUGAAACAGAGUAUUCUUUCUUGGAUUUCAUCAUGGGAGGCUGUCAGAUUAAUUUCACUGUGGGCAUAGAUUUCACUGGCUCCAAUGGAGAUCCAAAAUCUCCAGAUUCUCUUCACUAUAUAAGUCCAAAUGGGAUAAAUGAAUAUCUUACUGCCAUCUGGACAGUCGGGAAUGUGAUCCAGGAUUAUGACACUGACAAACUGUUUCCUGCUUUUGGAUUUGGAGCUCAAGUCCCUCCAGAUUGGCAGGUGUCACAUGAAUUUGCCUUGAACUUUAACCCUGCAAAUCCCUACUGUCAAGGAAUCCAAGGAAUAGUGGAUGCGUAUCGCCAGGCGUUGCCUCAAAUUCGUCUCUAUGGUCCAACAAAUUUCUCCCCUAUUAUAAAUCAUGUUGCGAGGUUUGCUGCGCAGUCAGCCCAGCAAAAGACUGCUUCUCAAUACUUUGUCUUGCUGAUCAUCACAGAUGGGGAAAUCACUGAUCUGGACCAAACCAGAGGAGCCAUUGUCAAUGCCUCGAAGUUGCCCAUGUCUAUUAUUAUUGUUGGAGUUGGCAGUGCUGAGUUUAAAGCCAUGGAAUUCCUAGAUGGAGAUGAUGGUGUCCUGAAGUCCUUGAGUGGGGAGCCAGCUGCACGAGAUAUUGUCCAGUUUGUGCCUUUCAGACAAUUCCAAAAUGCUCCUCGUGAGGCACUUUCCCAGACAGUGUUGGCUGAGGUUCCCAAGCAAUUGGUGUCCUACUUCAAGAUGGUCGGCCUGACUCCUGUGAAAUUACCUGGAGGAAAGCAGACAUAAAGCAGAUCUUUACAUCUCCAUUUAUAAGGAAAGAAAGAAUACACUACAUACAGCUGUCUAAAGAAUAGACCUUUUCCUUCCAGCAUGUAUUACUCUGCAUUCUAAAUAACAUCUCUGUUCUUUCUACCUAUAUAUCAGGCAUAUAAUGCUUGCAGGCAAUAUAUAGGAAUAUUGGUGCUAUUGGUAGUUCUUAAUGGGAAGCUAGUGGAUAUCUCAAAUUAAUAAUCAUGGCCAUACGUGUUUGCAUUCUGUGUACUUGAAUGCACUGAAGAAUUCUAUGAAAUACAGAAUUUUGUAGAGAAUCUUGGAUUUUAUUUUUAAAGCAAGUUUCUAGCCCUCUUUAAUGUUCUGCUGAAGGUACAAAACCUGACAUUUGGCUAUGACUUCCAGAAUAUGGUGGGACUUGCUACACUUGUUAUAUCACCACAUCACUAGUGCCCAUACCUGCUUUCCUACUGGUGCAUGAAGUGCAUCCUUUUGUUCAAAUAAAAACAUCAAUGGCUUUUUAAAGAAAAUAGUAGUUAAACUCAGUCAUUCGAGUUGAUAACAGUGUUGAUAUUGCAUUAUUCUUAGUACAGAUUUCUUUAAUGCACCUAAUCAUUUUCUCAUAAUUUAGCAAACAUAAUUUUCUCAUAAUUUAGACAAGUUGGGUAUUUGUAUUGUCACCGACUGCAAAAAGAAUAAUGGCCAGAUAUUCUUAUGAUUUACUAAAAAUAGCUGUCUUGUAAGUGAUUUCUUUCUCCAGUUUGGAAUGUAUUGAAAAUCUAUUUAAAGUUUUUCUAUUUGAAUUACAUAUAUAAGAUAUCUAAUCACUUAUGAUGUGUUGCUGGAUAGCUUCUACUGUGCCUAAUUAUCGAGAGAAGCCUUGCAACGAUACAAACCAAAAACUUCAAUUGCCUUAACUCCUACCAUGCAUUUAUGGUGUGCCAAGGAUUUUAAAGCAUUUUUCUUAAUCUUCAGUUCCAAAAACUGAAUGCAAAUAUAUCUUUAGUGAUGCUGUUUACAUUUCAAAGGGCAUUUUCGUCAGAAUGUUUCAAUCUGUGGGAAGUGUGCUAAUGCACAAUGUCUUUCUCUCUCUAAUUUAGCAGCUGGAAAUAAUGGGAGGAAAUGGAAUGUAUUUUUAAUCAAUUGCUGUAUAACCUAGCCAGGAUGUCCAUUAUUGCAGUAUCUGCUGUCAUGUGAUUUCAAGUGUGACAAAAGUUGAGUGCCUACUUUAGAUUGUAGAAAUCUAGCAAUAUUUUUGGAAAAUCCAUUCCAUGCUUCCUACUACUUUUUGGUAUAAAAGCACUUUAAAACAUGAUAUAAACAUAGUAUAAACACUUCAUUGGAAUAAGAGAAACUAUAUAAGGAGAAAAUUAAUAUUUAAUCAUACCAAAUACUCAAUAAGGUUAAACCUCUGCCAAAGAUCAUCCUCUUUUGAAACUUCUAUUUAAUCUCAGAUGGAGCCAUUUCCUCGUUCACGAACUGAGUAUAUCAGAGUCUUAUGAUGGCAUCAUGUAUCAUUUCACAUUUUAUCUAAAGUUAGCAUUCUGGUAUCAAAAGGUGCAGUGAAACUUGAAAAAAGUAAAAUUGCUUCCAGUGAGUUAUUUCCCUUCAAGUAAUUUCCGUGGCCUGUUAUAAACAUGGACCAGAAUGAGAUGGUUGAUUUUCUAAGGUGGGAAAAUGGCAGGUAAAGUAGAUAGGAAGAGAACACACAGCCGUUUUAAUGCUGCUUUGCACCUCAAAACAAACUUUUCCUUUUGAGCAGAAAAUUAGCAGUUAUUUUUCAGUUCUGGUGGGUGUAUAAAAAGUAUACUCACUGCCAGGUUACAGGUUGUGAGCACCCCAGGAUGAUGCUACCAUAUUCUGCUGAAUGAACAAGUUACCCUUGACUUCAUUCCUAGAAUCUGUUAUGAUAAUUCUUAUCUACAUUUUCUUCUUUUUUUAAAGACAUUAUAUACAGAAGGAAUUAAAUUCUAAUGUGAUUAUUGUUUCCCUAGUAGUAUAAAAGCAGUAAGACAAUCUAACAGAAAUGGCUUGAUGCUUUCUCUUCUAGCCUGUAUUCACCACUGAGGCUGCCUGUAUAAUGCAUAUUAGUAACUGUGUAAAGUGGGUCAUUUAUAUUUUCAUUUUUUAAGAUUACUUUUCCAAAGCUAACGAUUUCAUCACUGAGCAGGAUUUUGCUGAAAGCAAGCAUCAGUCCACACUGGUUCAAAGUAAAAGUGCAUUGUGCUGCCUUUUGCUUAUGUAAGCUGUUAUUCCUGGGUAGUUCUCCUGAUUUUUCUGCUGAGAGUUUUCACCAAUACCAGCAUUUACCAAAUGUUUUCCUUUUGAAUUUAAAUGUGAGGCACAGAUCAGUCAGCUUUUGAUAAACAAACAAAUUUCAACCAGUUCCCCGAAAAACGCACAGGUAUACAUCCUACCUUCAUUCUACCCACUGCUUUCUGAACAAUGGUGGUGCUUCUGGGCUUAGCGAUGGUAUUAGCUAUUCGUUCUGUCCUCUAACGGCAUGCUAGUGUGCCUUCUCAUAUAGUUUGGGAGUCGCUGGUCCAUUCUAAUGUAAACUACAGUGCAGAGCAUGCACAACUAGCUCAUCAUGCUCUUAGCAGGACUUGGAUUGUGUAUGCAUAUGUGAGUCUAAGACCAGCUCUGUACACUCCACUGUCAGUCAUUCUUUGAAAAAGGAGGGGUUGCACAAGGCACUUGUGUAACAUGAUCCAUUGGGGGCUGGUGCUUAAAUAACUAAGCUGGGCCUUGCUGAAACAUGCACAAACCCUUAUGCGUGAACAUACAAUGCUGUUUUGCUCUUGGUCAGACUAUUUAUUUGGUUUGACUUGUACUGGCUUUCUAGGAUUUCAUGUAGAAGCCUUUACUACCUGGCUCUUUUGCUAGAAAUGCCAGUCCUUUUGCAUACAAAGCAGAAAUUCUUCCCUUCCCAGUGCUUCUUUGGAUUGCAAGCACAAUCACUGUUGUGUCAACAUGGAGUCUUGAUUUAUUGGUCAUCCUUCAUUUAGCACAUCAUCUAGCACAAUUUAUUCACAGUGCUUUUCCAUGGGAGCGAAUGCUAAUAAAGGGCACAGAUCUGGAAAUAUGCUUGGCCCAGCUUGGAAUAUAAGCAGAGUUCUUUGGAGUGUUGUGGGUAUGAAAAAAAUCGCCAAGUAAACCCAUUUAUUUGGGGAAAGAUUACAUGCCAUCUGUUGCACUGCUUUAUCUGACUGAGUAAUGAAAAGGCUGUUCUUCAUGUAAGAAUUGUUUUCUUGUGUAUUACAAACUGUAUUAAAUAUCUUCAUUAAACCAGA